AUGGUCCGCAGAGAUCCCAUCUUCGAGGCCCGCACAAAUGUCAAGAUGCAUUUAAAGCGGCUCAACAAAGAAGCUGCCCGCGCCGAAACAACCUUCAAAACCGACAAAGCCAAAGCAGAACGCGCAAUGAAAAACCGCGAAUUUGAAAUCGCCCGCAUCCACGCCAGCUCAGCCGUCUCCCAAAAACGGCGUCAAGUCGCCCUCCGCAAAGAAGCUGCCCGUGCAGAAGUCAUCAUUAACGACCUCAAAACCGCCCAAUCAACGCGCGACACGGCACGCACGCUGGAGAUGGCAAGCCGCGGGCUGCAAGCGGCCAGCAAAUCCGUGAACCUGGAUCGGGUGGUUACGCUGGCGAACAACUUUGUUUCGCACAGCGAGGACUUUAAGAUUGCUGGUGCUGCAAUCGAGGAUGUUUCGGCGGGCUUGACUAAUGCGGAGUAUGGGGCUGAGGGGGAGGGAGAGGUUGAUGCGCUUAUGGGGCAGCUGGCGGAUGAUGCGGGGGUGGAGUGGCGGAUGGCGCUUGAGGAUGAGGCAGGGAAGGUGCCCGAGGGGAGGGUUGAGGAGAGGCAGGGACAGGCGCAGAAGGGGGAGGGCGAGGUGGAGGACGGGCUGGGCGCGAGGCUGAGGGCGUUGAGGGCUGCUAAUUAG